UCCACUCUUAAAUAGUCCACAAAGCACACGUUCGUAUCCCCCAAAUCUUUGCCCUAGCCACCUAUACUCCCCCACCCAGCUUUUCAGCUUUCAGGCGGCGCCUUCCAGCGAGAUGGAUCUGAGAUCUGACACAGGUGCUGCCGUCGCACCGUGCGGCCUCGCCGCGUGGCGCUGCGCCUGCAAGGCGCUGCUGGGCAUCAUCGACGCACGCCGCCUGUUGCGCACGGACCUUCUCCCGCACUCUGUCGCCGGCAUCUUCAUCAACUUCCACAGCGAAGGUUUGCCGGAGUUCUUCGCCCGUCCCUCGACGGGCCCCACCAUCUCCGGCAGCUUCGACUACCUGGCCCCUACCGAUGGGCGCUCCCAGUAUCGCGGUAAAAUAGAGGAUCACUGCAAUGGCCUUGUCUUGCUCGAAGAUUAUUUGGAGAAUCAUUAUGUGGUUAACCCGGCAACGAGACAGUGGGAUUCUUUGCCGCCCCGCCUGUCCAUGUCGAGGUCCAAGGAGAUGGAUGCGGACUUCAGGUACCAAGAGUACCUCGUGUUUGAUCCCACGGUAUCACCUAACUAUCAGGUGUUUGUGAUCCCAAAUCCUAGGCGCAAAACGAAGCCCGAAGAUUUUGGUUACAACAAAAGGUUGGAUGAACUAGACCCCGUUAUGGAGAAAUCUGAAUGGCCGCCAUCUGUGUGCGCUUUGCACGUUUUCUCCUCGAGGUCGGGCCGUUGGGAGGAGAGGUCUUUUAUUCGAGAUGGGGAGGCUGCAGGCACCAUUGCUGAUAUGCGGCAGCAUUCGGAGUGGUACUAUGACAAGCAUUAUGCUGUCUACUGCCGGGGUGCACUUUAUGUGCACUGCAAAACUGAUUUCAUAAUGAGGAUCUCUUUGUCAAAUGACAAGUACCAAGUAAUUAAACCACCGCUACAUGGUGAACUGGGCGAGUUCCAAAAGCUCCAUCUUGGACGAUCAGAAAAAGGGGUUUACCUUGCAUCUUGUGAAGCGUCUCUUAUUAUGGUUUGGGUCCUUGACGAAUCGUGUGGCCAAAUGAAUUGGGUCUUGAAGCAUAGCAGUUGCCUUCCACCCAUACUGGAUUAUGAUCGUCCUGUUCUUGGCCCAUGGGUCUUACAAGAUAUUAACUAUAAUGGGUAUCUCAAAGAGAGAAAGGAGCUCAUUGAAGGUGGCGAAGAUACGGAAUACAUGAAGGAACUAAAAGAAAACAAAUUAGAGUUAAACUCCGGCAAGGAAGAGCUAGUGGAAGAAAAGUUUGAAUGGGACUCUGAAAAUGACAACAUACUUCAUAAGGAAGAUGUGGUUGAUGCUCGUGGCAAUGGAUACUUUGAUAUCCUUGGAUUCCAUCCAUAUAAAGAGAUUGCCUUUCUGGGUGUAUCAAUGUACAGAGGAAUUGCCUAUCAUUUGAAAGAUUCGAAGGUUCAGGACCUUGGCUACUUAUAUCCAACAACUUGUCAUUUGGCAUUGCCGAACGAGUGUUUCAUAACCGAGUCAUUCCCAUACACACCUUGUUUGACAGGGCACCGGUAAGCAAUUAACAAGAAUGUACAAGGGCAUCUUAGAGACUGGUAUGCUGGUUGGAACCCAAUUGAACAUCACAAUAAAUGGCCUAAUCAUGUUUAAGGCCUUGUUCAUUUUUAUUUAGCACUGGAUUUAUAAUUAUCCAAUCAAGUGUCCAUAUUUUCCAUAUCGGUUCUAAAAACAUGUGACGUAACAGUGUAUCAUGAGAAAAAUGGGGAAAAUAUAUCAAAUAUACUUCAUUGCUCUGUUCAACAACGCCAGUGUGUUUCUUUCUUAUGUAUCAUCUAUGUCGGAAACCAAUAUUUCGCUCAGCGGUAUUAUUUUUCCCUAUUAAUUUUGUUGUUGUUUUCCCGGUCCAGUUGGUGGCUGGUUUCAUCCUUGUCUGUUGUCUGAAUUCUUGUCCUGCUUAUAUUCUGGUACUCUUGGUCUUGUAUGCCUAAGCUUCUCCAGGAAAAGGUUUACGGAUUGCAGUGGAAAUAACAUCCACUCUUAUUCUUAUUAUAACCGAGUUGACAAUCAGAAUAAAUGGCCUGCUCAUGUUUAUGGCCUUGUUCAGUCUUACUAGCAUUGAAUUAUAUAUACUUAUCCAUUUGAAUCAAGUUACCAUGUGCGGUUCUAAAAACAUGAUACCUCACAAUGUAUCACUAAAAAAACAUAGAGCCAUUUAUUUGUUCUGUUACGUUACCUCCUUCAAUUCUUUGUUUAAUAAACUAUCAAGCUGCACACAUAUAUAUCUUCUUCUGUUUCAUCUACAUCGGGAGCCAAUAUUUUGCUCAGCGGUAUCUUUCCCCCCCUCUUGGUUUCGUUGUUGUUUUCAUGAUCCGUUUUAUAGUUGGUUUCAUCCUGUUUUUUCCUUACUUUCGGUUCCUGCUGUGUCGAUAUUGUGUUACUUCUUUUGAGCUUAAGCCUGUAGAGAAACAUGCUCCGAUGGGGGUGGGGAGCUCUAAGAAACAAAUUUUCCUAUUCUUUUCAGCUUUUCAAAUUUUGGCUUAUUUUCUGUGAUUUGUUGAAUCUGCAACGCCACUGAGCUUCAACUUUGCGACGCUGGAAAUCCUACCAGCCAGUAGCAAGGCCGAGUGGAACGGGUGGGAACAGGAUGUUAGGCUCUCAUGCCUCUUGGACCUUUGGAGGGUAAGCGGUGUCAUCUUUGCAAAUUACAGUUCGCCUUUUGAUUACGGCCUAUGAGAGAACCCUGGGAAACUGCUCAGGUGCAGCUUGCGAAUCUGCACCAAAAACGCUGUAGCUAUACCAAAUAAAGUUGCGCCGAAGCCUGCUCUCUACUCUUUUUGGCUUCAGCAGCCUCAAAUCUGGCUCAAAAGCUCAAAAUAGGUGACCCUUUGUGUAGAUAUUCUCUUCGUGGUUUGUUCAUCGCAGCUUGUGCUAGCUUCAUUCCAACUAAUAUUCAUGCUUCCAAAUAAUGGAUGCAUUUAUGUUUUUUAUGGUAGAGCACAUAUUGUUUUGAACAUGACAGGAAGUAGAAUAUAAUGGUUAUUCGAACACCCUGCUGAUGUGUUGAACUUUUUGGUCUGAGCUAUAUCUAUUAACUUGUACUCCCUCUUAGUGGCAAAAAAUGCCUUACAUUUUGAGACAGAGGGAGUAUUUUGUGCUUUUAAGCUUGAAAAUGUAUACAACAGGUCUUUGCCGGUGCAAAAUAAAAUAAAAUAAAAUAAGGUACUUGGGCACUGAGAUAUAUUUUGACUAUAUAUCAGAUAAAAUUACGUUUUUGAAAUAGGUGCUCACUAAUGUUAUUAGUAAAACUAUUAGUAAAUGAAUAGUUCAAUUAAUUAUGGCAUUUGGUACUGUACUCAAGCAUUUGUAUCAGAACAGUUUGUAACUUGUCACCUAGCUACAUGUUUACUACACAGGUCUGUACUUCGAUAUAGGAGCUGAUCAUUCUGCAGCAUGUUACACAAUUGAGUAUAUAUGUUGUAGUGUAGAGACUACUUGGUUCUUUUUUCGGUUUGCUGCCUCUUUUUUUUUUUCUGAUUUGUAUCCUCGAUCAGCAUUAUGGCGCUUCAGAUGAACUCGUGGAGAUGGCAGCUGUUUCUGCAGAGCUUUAUUUUUUCUUCUAAUUGGUACCGAUCCCAUUAAUCUAACCUUUAUGACCUUGCUUUUUUUCCCACAGAAAUCUAAUACAACUUGGCUUGUAAAAAGAAAAAUCUUUGACAGAUGCAAGACAAAUAGAUAAUCAAGGUGAAGUUAAAACAUACUUCUUAAAUCUAAAGAGUACUUUUCAAGUGUUGUUUCUGUAUGUAUGCUCCCAGCUAAGAGAAGAAUUUUAUUGUCUUGUUACCCAAAUUACUUGCUUUUUGCAAUGCCAGGUUCAGCAAUUUGCAGGCAAACGAACUAUGCGUGAAAGGUACUCCCUCCGUCCCAAAUAAUAUAAGAGUAGUACUUGCCAGAAUAACUUGAUGUCCCCAAUGCACUCGCUGAAGCUUUCUAGGAAGUUAUCUGACCCAUGUUGCAUCAUCAGAUUUUUUAUCCUGGUGCAAAAUAUAUAAUUUUUUAUCCCUGAUGUUUUUCAUGUAGUUCUUUCAUGACUAUAGUUCCCCAAUGACCUCGCUAAAGCUGCAUGAACAACAACACCCCACAAUGUUUUUCAUGUAAAAGUUUUUUCAUCCCCGAAAAACAAAACAGAGGGAACUUCUCCUUUAAAUAAAACGGUAAGUAGACACAAGGUUUUAAAUCAUGCUUCAUGGUCUCUCACAUGAAUAGGAAAAAUCUAUCAUGCUUCAUAGACAACCUCGCUUUUCAGUUACACUAUAUCCCUUUCUUACUGUUACAAAUAUGAAAUAUAUUAACUGAGAUUUAUGUUGUAACAAAAUUUGAUUUUGCAUUUAUAUUAUUCCAGUGAACUACGGCAGGCAUUGGAUCAGUUUGAACCAAUCUAUUCAUUAUCAAGAGAAAUAUAGAAGGAUCGGACAGCUACAAAAUAUAAGACUGUUUAGGACCUGAGUUACACAGAAACUAUACAACAAACAAGAUCAGUCGGGUAUCGUCGACCGUCCUCUGUUCCUAUUCAAGUAGGUGCUAGCUUGGUCCGCCUAAACAUGUCUUCACUAUGGUAAGUAUGUGCUUUGUUUCGAGCCAGACCCUCGUUGAAUAGAAAGAGAGCACAGGAGUGGAAGAGUAGAGCAGAAUGUGACUAUCUCUUCUGUUAGCUUUCUCAAGUUGAAGUAACUUGAGGCAGGUAAGAAACAUUAAAGCAUUUUUUUUACAUUUAUUUCAUGGGGGGUGCAUAUAAGUUUUCUGACAAUAUAACUUUCAGUUCUUAAGCUUGCAUUGUCACUAAUAUGAGCAUACUAUCUUAAUUAAAUUACUAAUGCAUCUGCCUUGAUUUUAGGUCCUAAACAUUAAUAUGAAACUAAUACUACCAUGGAGGCACGGGCAGGAACUAACCGUCGUGUCCUCAUGUUGCGCCAGCAACUCGGCAAGCCACAUAGCGUCACUUUCCGCCAAUUCAUUCAUCCUCCCAUGUAUUUACAUUCUUGCAUUGCAAACUUCAUUCGAGAUUGCGAUGACAUAUGACAGACCCAGUUAGAGGAAGAAAGGAGGCUAAGGCAGGAAUCUGAAGUCGUAAGGGAUCACCAUGACAAAGAACGGAGUGCACAUGAGCAGGAACAUGCGCAGAUGUUGGAGGAAACAUAGAAACAACUACAGGCGCUUAGUGCACAAGUGCUAGCUCUUACUAAGGAGCUGCCUCCUCCACCUCCAACCCCACCUUCACAACAGUAGAGGACAUGUCUACGGAGCUCAUCUUCUGCACUCAUGCCAGUGUUGCGCCGCUUUUGAACUUUGUAAUAUGACUUGUAUAAUGUGCUCGACUAGAUCAUCUUGAAGCUGAGAGUCAAGUGCUCAGCACCAUUGUUCUGAUAACAAUGUGAUCUCAUUAUUGAUAACAACCUUGUUACUAUAACAAUGCUCAUGAUCA